UGUGUGCAUCAGUGAUGAUUAUAUAUUAGACAUAGCCAAAAAGAUUUCAUUCGCUCGUCUACGACCGUCCACAGACUGUGGCGUGAGGACGCGAAUAUGACCAUAAGGAAUGUCCGGGACCACGGGCAGCGUUACAGACCGCGUAUGGCAUGCCUGAAGAAGGUGGAGAACGUGGUGUUGGAGAUGCAGGACCCCAAAAGUGGAGUGAAAUCUCAGACCCAAAGGCUUGUAAUCACCUCCAUCCCACAUGCUAUAACAGGGGAAGAUAUUGUUGCAUGGCUCGUGAAUCGAUUCAAAAUAGAUGCUACGGAGGCCCGAGCUAUGGGGACCAUGAUGGUGGCUUUUGGGUACAUCUAUCCACUACAAGAUCAUAAGAGACUCAUCCUUAAACCAGACACAUCCCUGUAUCGCUUUCAGACCCCAUAUUUUUGGCCUGCGCAGCAGUGGCCAGUGGAAGACACAGACUAUGCUAUUUAUUUGGCAAAGAGAAAUAUACGCAAGAAAGGGAUGUUGGAGCUCUAUGAACAGGAACAGUACAACAAUCUUUACAAAUGGGUGAAUCACAAGUGGGAUUUUAUUGUAAUGCAGGCCAAAGAGCAGUACAGGGCGGGUAAGGAGAGGAAGAAGCCAGACCGGGUGGUUUUUGAUUGUCAGGAACGGGCCUACUGGGUUGUACAUCGGCCACCGCCAGGAACAGUUAGUGCUAUGGACUAUGGACAUGACAGGAUGGUCGACCCCAAUAUGGAGGAGAAAAAAACAUCUGAUUACUACAGAAGAACUGUUAUGUUCAUUCAGCAAAUUGUUAAGUACACAACAACAUACAAAGAGCAUGACCCCUUUCUCCACGCCUGCCUCCCAAGCAACCCCUGGUUAACAGAUGAUGUUACAUAUUGGACUCUCAACAUGCCAAAUGUUGAGACCCCUACUAAAAUGAGGGUGGAGUGCUGGACUUUCAGCUUUGGAGAACUGCUUAUGGACCCUCGGGGAAGGGCCGAUUUCCGCCUCUUCCUUAAAAAGGAGUUCAGUGGUGAGAAUCUUGCCUUCUGGGAGGCAUGUGAGGAUCUGAAAUGGGGUGCUGCAGAGACAAUGAAAGAAAAGGCUCAGCAAAUAUAUAAGACCUUUUUGGCACGUGGAGCUCCACGUUGGAUCAACAUUGAUGGCAAAACAAUGGACAUAACAGUGAAGGGUUUGGCACAUCCUCAUCGUUAUGUACUGGAUGCUGCCCAGACUCACAUUUACAUGCUCAUGAAAAAGGACUCAUACGGGCGAUAUCUCAAGUCCCCAGUGUUCAAGGAAACUCAAAGAAAGGCCAUUGCUCCUGAACCACACAGAUUCACUGAGACGCAGUUGGAGCAGAAUGCCAAGAGAAGGCGGCCCAGCCUGAGUCCCAUUACCCUGAGACAGCAGGAAGAAGAACAGAAGGCCAAACUUGCAGCAAGUGGCCCGGUGGACAUCACACAGGUCAUGAGCAAACUGGAAAAGAAACAGAAAGCCUAGAACACAGAGAAUAGAUAUAAGCAUAUAUUUAUGAUAAGCAAAAAGGAUAACCACCUUUCUGGUAAAAGCAAUAAACAGUUUUGCAAGACAGCAUAUUUAUAUAGUAAUAAUCCAAAAUGCCGCUGCAAGAUU